UCACACCCGGUCACUCGAAUCAGUCGCCAACUCCACCUCCCGCCAGAGCGCCAGCGAGCGGCACAGAGGCACAAGAGGCGGCACAGGCGACAGAGGCUCCGAACUGCGAGCAAGACAUGUAACCCGCACCUGCAUCUGAGCUCGUAAUACAACGCCAACACUGCACCACACCCGGAACGAGGCGUCCACCAUGGCGACAAGCGGCUUCGGCACGUACUGGCAACGACCAGAUACAGCAGCACACCUCGAACACAUCACCAACGCCUUAGAGGCGACCCUCGACCCGCGAGUCUCGAACACUGUCCGCCAGCAAGCUCUGCAGCACCUCGAGGCUGUCAAGAGUCAGCACGAUGCGCCGUACCAUGGCUUCACUUUGGCCUAUGACUGGAACCAGAACAAUGCUGUGCGGUACUACGGGCUGCAGCUGGUGGAAUUUGCUGUGAGAUACCGCUGGAACGAGUACAGCGACGGCCAAGCAGCACAGCUCCGAACCUGGAUACAACGACUGGCUGGCAAUCUGCGAGAGUCGGAUGCAGUGUACCUUCGAAACAAGGUUGGCCAGCUAUGGGUCGAGGUUGCAAAGAGAUCGUGGGGAGGCGGCGAGUGGAUGGACAUGGACACUCUCCUCAUUGACCUGUGGAAGAUGGACACGGGGGUUGUCAACAAGGUUCUUGUCUUGGGCAUCUUGGAAGGUCUGAACGACGACAUCAUCAAUAGCGACGAUGCUGUCGCAGGACUGCGGCUGGAUGUCUUGGGUGACGGUUUGGUGGAGAUACUGGUGCCGCAAGUUUUCUACUCGACGUUACAAAAGGACAAGAUCAGGAACGUGAGGGCAGAGGGAGAAGGCUGGCUGGCUCGCAUCACGGAGUUUUUUGCACUAUGUGUCAAAGAAGCCCGGUUGCGACAGGAUGAGCCAGAGGUAACAGAAAAGAUGGAAAUGUGUGCGAUCAAGGCAUUGAAUGCCCUGCGAUCGAUCAUGGGCUGGAUCAGCUUCAAAGCUGUGGACGAGGUCAAUUGUGUCGACUGCCUCUAUCUUCCAUUCUACACCACCAAUGUGGUCCUGCAGACUGCAGCAGUCCAAGUACUGUAUGCUCUUCUAGGCCGGCCACAACACGGCGCGAACACCAAUGAAGUCUGGUCAUCGCUCAUUCGACAGGCGAUGCAACCGGACAAGAUCACCAUGAUUCGCAAUGCAUUUGAAGUGACAAUGACAGUGCCAGGAGAAGACGACGAGAAGUAUACUUUGCAAAAGAAGAUGGCGGCACUCUUGUCGGUCAUGGCCGAUGGGAUCGCUCUCAACCCAGCGCUCGCCGAGCAGUCUCUGGAUCUGCCUGCUCUGUUCGAGCUGUUGGCACUGGUGACACGGCACAAGAGCUUGACAGUAUCCAUACCAGUCUUGCACAGCUGGACGAAGCUGCUGAACGUGCACGAGGACAAGAUUAUUGAUCUCGUCUUGACGGCACUGCCAAUCCUGCUCGAAGUGUGCAGUGAUCGACUAAUCAGAUAUGAGGCUCUCCCUGAGGAGACCGAUGACGAGACAAUGCGCUGGCUAGAUGAGGACUUCGAUACGGUACCUGAACGACAUGCUUUCCUGGGCAACUAUCGCAGAUACGGAGCAACCAUCAUCGAGGGUAUAGCGCGUAUGCGGCCAAUAGAUGCGCUGUCAAUUGUCUUGAACCAAAUGCGAGAGAUGGUGGAGACUGGACCUUAUACCACGGCGAGAGGAUUUGACAGCUCGACAUACACCAAAUCUGCUUACCCAGUCUUGAGAUUUGACGCUUCGUACUGCACCGUGGCCGCUGCGCUCAAGGGUUAUGCAUCAUGGACACGAGACGUCAGUGAAAUCAGCACGGACCAUGAGCUGUUCGCAAAGGUACAGCAGGAUCAACGCCAGGCGUUAGAAUCACUCCAACAAUGGUGCCACGGUAUGACCAGCAUACAUACCGAUGAUCCAGGAGUGGCAGAUGAGCUGCUGCAAACCAUGGUGGCCGUCUUGCGCGUGCUCGAGUCACCACCACAAAGCUUCAUUCUUGCCAUGGUUCAGCAUUUGCUCACCAUGCAACUCGAAGACCAGCCCCAACACAGCCAAUUCUCGGACGCUAUCAAGUCAUUUGAAGCGCUGCGAGUGGUUGAGCUUCAGAAACUGGCUCUGACGUACCCCAAUGUGCUACUCGAAGUCUACAACGAGCUGGAGCUGCGCAUAGAGACUCUCGCGCAACAGUAUGGCGAUGAUCAGAGGCUCGUCUGGGGCUACCGGUCGUUCCUUUUCAUGAUUGUGCAUCGUGCAACAGGCAUCGAUGAACAGGUCAGACUGGCUCGCUUACAGCAAAUGCUCCAAUCGACCUACGAAGCAUGGACCGGUGAGGCACUCCAGGCCUCUUGUUCGGACUUUGAAGCGUUCUGUGCCACCGUUGGGUUGACCAACAUUGCGGACUUUUACCAAGAGCAUGAGUUUGCUCGCACGCCAGACUGGUCAGCACGCACAUUGAACGAGGCCGGCCAAGCACGACAGAAUGAGAUCAAAGAAAAGGGCGAUCGUUUGCCGUUGCGAAUGACAAAGUCGUUGCUGUCUGCUGCAACAGAGAGGCUGCGAGCUGGCACUCCUGAAUACGACACUGCAUGUCAAUUGUGGGGACCUCUGAUACCAUCUAUCCUUCACCCUUUGCUCCAGAUGACUCGGCAUGCUCAAGCCUUUCACAACAUGUCCAAUUGGCGCCAUCUCCCCGCGGAACUACAGAUGGUGGUGAAGCGGACAUUGCAAGAUCGAUUCUGGCAGUCUGGCAUUUCGAGCGAGAGCAAAGAGGAGUUCUACGCGCGCAUUUCUGGCUCCAAGACGAGCUAUGAGGGCUUUGCGAGCACAGUGAGAGGCACCAUGCGCAACGUGCGUGAGAUGGGCUACCACAUCAUCUACCUCAUGACCAAGUUUGAGGAGCAAUUCUACGGAAUUGAUAAUCUUGCCCAUCCCCUUUCCUCGGCACUCUUCGACGACGCUGGAAGCCUCAGCGCGAACCAUUUGCACCCUCUCAUCAACCUGACGACGGGCCUCGUGCAGCGAUGUCCGACCCGUCACCGUGGCGACUUCUUGCCGCCCAUACUCCGCAAGCUCUUCGUUUGUCUCGAUGGCAAGAUCUCAGCCGACUGGGAGGCCAUCAGUCAAGCGGAGCAGCAGAACAAGAAGGAGAAUGACGAGCUCGGCGACGAGAUGCGCACGGAGAGCGUCUUGCGCCAAUUGACGUACAGUAUGGUGACAUUUGUCCCAUGGUUGCUCGAGUUCGACAGCCAACGCCAAGCGCACGCCGGCAACAACCGGCACGCACCUAUGAAUGGCCACGAUCCAGAGAUGAAGACGGCAGCCUUGAGCGACCUCAUCCUGACAGAUCCGUCGGUUCUGGAGCCUAUGAUUCUAUUCUGCACACAUGCACUCCGACUGCAUGACGGAAGAUGCUGCACCACCAUAUGCAAAGUCUUCCGCACCCUCAUCCCUCUGUUCUCGCACACCGCGCCUAAUGGAUCCGUCGUCAGCCCCGACUCAGCAGCUUCCGUUCGCGAAUUCAUCAGCACGGAAGUGCUCAAAGCUUGUAUCACUUCUCUCAAUGACCCAUACUUUGCAGAUGUGCAGAAGGAGCUGGCAACACUCAUUGCGAACAUCAUAGUCAUGUACGGCCCUCAAACAGCCACUCCGCGUCACGUCCUCUUGUCCCUGCCCGAUAUCACGGAGCCCAAGCUCGAAAAGGCCAUGGCGAAGAUGCUGCGCACACACAACGAACGCUCCCAGCGCAGCGCAGUGCUUGAGCUGCUCGAAGGCGUUAGAGGUGUAUCCAUUCAUGAAAUGGGCAAAGUCGAGCAGGCCAAAGCGAAGAAGAAGGAGAACAAGGGUGUGGCGUCGCAGUAUACGAUGGCCGCAGAGAACACUGGUGUCGUGCGAGGCGGUGAGGAGGGACUAGAGGGCGUCGCUGGCCUCUUCGGGGAUGCGUAGAAUGCAACCAAGGAACAGGCAGAACAGGCUCUUGCGGAAGAGGUGGCUGCCGCAAAGAAGAAGAAAAAACUCGAGGGCUUACGGAUGCUGGGCUAGGAUCGAUACUGGAGGCUCGAGCAGCAUGCAUGAGCACGACUCAUGCAUUCGUGUAGCGGUCUGAUGGCGAUAUGCUGUUUGAAUACAGCAGUGCUCGACCAGUUCGUAUGGUGUGAAGCGUUUGACGGACGGCUGCAUUUGAGGGAGAGAGAGAGAGAGAGAGAGAGAAACUCCACGGGGAAGAACAGUGAUCGCGGAUUAGACUUGAUCCUCUCACUCAGCGGACAGAGAAGAAGAAGAAGAAACGUUCUUCACAAGACAGCGUGGAGCGAUACAUGAGGAACUUGCAACGCAUCAAAAAUGCAGGCAGAAGGCGCAUGAUCCUCUGUCUUUUGGCAUCAAGCAAGCGAGAAAUAGGGGCAUUUCGGGUGGAUUUUGUCCUUUUCUUUUCAAAGUACCCUGAAGAAGCAUCGAGAUACCCCCAAGACGAAAUGCGAAGUGAAUAAU